AUGGAAGAAGAAGAACAAAUAUUCAUCAAUUUCCGUUGCGCUAUAAUCGAUGGAAUGUUUAUGGGGAUGCCAAUGUUCCAUGUAGUUAAAAUGAUGAGAAACAUGAAAAAGUUAGUCGAGACGAUAGUAGAGGAAGAAGGAAAAUAUAAAGCGACAUACUCAUCAAAAACGGUGUCUAAUUUGAAUUUAAUUUUUGAUUUUGACAAUUCUCAGUGUUUAACACGAGUCACUGUCUUGAAUCCAAGUAUCAAAAAAACGAAAGAGAAGUAUUACAUUUCUUCUUCAGGUAAAGGCGUUGUUGAAGACUUCAAAUUUGAUUUGACUAAAAAUCCGGAAAUCAUUAUGAAACAAAACGGGCAGUAUAUUCAAGAAAUACAAAUGUCGAGUGACAAUCAAGUCAUUCAACCAACUAAACUGAUUGAGUUUCCUUCUUCUAAAGAUGUUUUAGUUAAGGACAAUGUCCUUUCAUUUGCGAUUGGAGACAAUGUCGACAAAUCGCAUCUUGCUAUAGGAGCAACUGUAAGUGAGGUACGUUCUAUUUUUGGAGACACACAGAAUGUCAGCAGACAAGAUGGAAUAGUAAUAUGGGAGUACUUCGAUCGCGGUAUUGAAGUGUUAUUUAACACUUUAUUUGUUGUUAUUGGAUAUGUUCUUCACACUAAUGAUAUUAGCGAUGAUUGCUUUAAUGUGUUUGCGCAGUGUCAUUGGUUCAUUUGUAGCAACGACAAAAGGGUUAUUUCAUAUCGUGACGACUGGAGCUCACAGGAGAAAAGCUACACAUUUGCACUCGAAAAGACGGAUUUUGAAAAUAAAUUUUACUCGCUUGAAAAUAUGAAGGGAAUGCGCUUCUUGGUGAAGAAGGACAGAAUUAUGAAAAUACUGGUGACCGCUCCAAAAUAA